CACCGGUUCUUUGGUUGCUGUAACGAAAAGUACAUAGGACACAGACAGGAAACCCGCAGGCUUUGUUUUUUCUUCCUAAUUUGGCAGAAGAGGGAAAAACCAGGGCCUUUCUCAGACAAGGACAACUUGCCUUUGCUGAUUUUCAAGAGAGUUGUGCUAUGAUGUGGCAAAAGUAUCCAGGAAGCAGGCAGUCAAUUCCUCUGGGAAUAAAGGUCCUUUUCGGCGGUGUGUUCGGUGCUGGGGGCUUUGCCCUUGUGUAUUACCUCAUACAAAAGCUUCAUUCCAGGGGUUUAUAUUACAAGUUGGCAAUGGAACAGCUGCAGAGCCAUCCCGAGGCACAGGAAGCUCUGGGCCCUCCUCUCAACAUCCAUUAUCUCAAGCUCACUGACAGGGAAAACUUCGUGGACAUUGCUGAUGCCAAGUUGAAGAUUCCUGUCUCUGGAUCCAAGUCAGAGGGCCUUCUCUACGUCCGCUCCUCCAGAGGUGGCCUCUUUCAGAGGUGGCACCUUGAUGAGGUCUUUUUAGAGCUCAAGGAUGGUCAGCAGAUUCCUGUGUUCAAGCUCAGUGGGGAAAACGGUGAUGAAGUGAAAAAGCAGUAGAGACAACCCAGAAGACCCAGCAGACCCAGCGUGCUUCUAGUCCAUCCUCAUCUCUACCAUAUGCCCACUAGGGUGGUGGCCCAUCUGAGUGGCAGACACUCCUGCAACCCAGUUUUCCAGACACCAGUGGGAUGAUUGUAUGUGCCAGUACAUGGUAAUUUUGGUAUAAUUCCAACUUGGGCACAACGAAUGCUAUUUGUCAUUUUUAAACUGAAUCUGAAAGAAACUCCUAUUAUAAAUUGAAGAUAAUUGAUUUGAAAGUGCUUUGUAUAAAAAAGCAAAAGAUAAAAGGAAUCAGAAUUAAUAAAAUGUUUGUUGAUCUUU